AUGUCAGAGGGGGUCAAGGUGGCCGUUUGGGGUGACAUAGAGAGGUCACGUAGGGGUCGGGGGGGGUCACGUGGUGACGCCGAGAGGGUCACGUGGGCGCGCCGCCACGAUCCUGCCGUCACUCCCGGGUUUUCCCCGCCUACUUCCGGGUUUUCCCACCCACUUCCGGUGCGCCCCGGAAGUGGCGGCGGCGGCGCGAGCGGCGAGAGGCCCCUCCCCCUUCCUGCUGGAGCUACAAAGGGGAGUGGGGAGGGGAGGGGCCAGGAUCACGUGACCCGGAGGCUGCGAGAGCGCGAGUGGGGCCGGAACUUCUCCCCAUUGGAACGCAACCACCUCAGCUCCCGUUUCCUGCCCAACACCGAGGUCUUCGCUGUCACGUACCCCCACAAGGUCUUCUGUGGGGUCUUCAACGACGAUGGAUCCCUCUUCGUCUCCGCCUGCCAAGACCAUUCCCUGCGGGUGUUCUCGGCUGUGGGGUCGGAGCUGCGGCCGUUGCGCUCCACGCGGGGCCGCGACGUGGGGUGGAGUAUCCUCGACGUCGCCUUCACCCCCGACGGCGCCCACGGCCUCUACUGCAGUUGGUCCCCCUACGUGCACAGCUUCAACCUCCACGGGGAGGACGAGACCCACACGGCGAUGGACCUGCGCCCCCCGGAGCGGCGCUUCGCGCUCUUCUCCCUCGCCGUGGGGCAGGGAGGCCACGAGGUCUUUGGCGGCGCCAACGACGGCUGCGUCUACGCCUACGACCGUGGGGCCCAGCGGCGCGUCCUGAGGGUGGAGGCGCACGAGGCGGACGUGAACGCGGUGGCGGUGGUGGACGCUGGGGGGCAGUUGGUGGCCACGGGGGGGGACGAUGGCCUCGUCCGCGUGUGGGACCGCAGGGGCCUCGGCAGCCACCGCCCCGUGAGCCGCAUGGCCGGGCACCGCGGGGGGGUCACCUUCCUCCACUGCCCCGGCGACGGGCGGCACCUGGUGUCCAACUCCAAGGAUCAGACGGCGAAGCUGUGGGACCUGCGGCGCCCGGCGGGGGAGGGGGCGGUGGCCGCCGCCCGCAGAGCCGUCACCACCCACCCCUGGGACUACCGCUGGGAGGAGGCGCCCCCCCCCGCGACCACGUGUCUGCCGGGGGACCCGUCGCUGGUGACGUUCCGGGUCACGUGGUGCUGCACACGCUGCUGCGGGUCCGCCUCGCGCCGGCGGGGGGGCGCGCGCUGGGGGCGGGGUGCGCCUCGGGCCAAGUGUGGGUGA